CUUAGUCCUGUCGGGGCGCUGAAUACGUCCAUCACGGUACUCUGCAGGUUGUGGUUAUUUGGUAGUGUAUGUUACUGGUAACGCUUAAGUGCAAAUCAGCCCAAUGGCUUGUCCUAGCACAACCGAAACUACUAAUGACAUUGAUGGAAAGCAAUCUGUCGAUGCUAUUGAAAUGGAUGAACUUUAUAUAUCAAAUGUAGAAGAUGAAGAUAUUGACCUUGAGCACUGCCGGAUCAAGAGCAUUAGUAAACUAGAUCGUUUCCCGAAUGUCCGUCAUUUGUGCCUUCGGAAUAACCUCCUGAAAAAGUUGGAAAAUUUCGAACCUGUCUCACAAACUCUUGAGGAUUUAGAUGUGUAUGAUAAUCAGAUCAGUAAGAUUGAAAAUCUAGAUUGUCUUACAAAGCUGACUAAUCUCGAUUUGAGCUUCAAUCGGAUCAAGUCUAUCGAAAACUUGGACAAUCUGCGCAAUGUUAAGAAACUGUUUUUAGUGAACAACCGAAUAUCAAAGGUAGAAAAUCUAAGCAGUAUGCGGAAUCUAGAAAUGCUAGAACUUGGUUCAAACAAAAUCAGAAAAUUAGAAAACUUGGAGGAGUUGACGAAGCUAACGCAACUUUACUGCGGUAAAAUAAAAUAUCAGCACUGGAAAACUUGGAUACUUUGGCCAAUUUGACACUUCUUAGUGUGCAGGGUAACAGACUCACUAAAAUAUGUGGGCUUGAAAAACUUGUAAAUCUGGAGCAACUGUACCUUAGUGAAAAUGGAAUAACAGAAAUUGAAGGUUUGGAAGCUUUGACGAAAUUACAAGUUCUGGACUUAGCUUACAAUCUUAUAUCACAGAUAAAGAACAUAUCACAUUUAGAAAAUCUGGAAGAAUUCUGGUUCAAUGAUAACAAAAUAUCUGACUGGAAACAAAUAGAAAAACUAUGUGUUUUGAAAAACUGCGAACACUGUAUAUGGAACGGAAUCCAAUUUAUUUCCUAGACCCGGAUCGCACAAAGCAUGAUCCUAGUUAUCGACGAAAAAUACUUUUGACUCUUCCUAACCUCCAACAGUUGGAUGCAAAUCUCACGGGAGUUGGGAUGUGAUAUUCAUCCUUGCAGAAAAUUGUCUAACGCAUUUCAGGACACUACAUUUUUCAAUGAUUGUCAGACGUUCAAAAUUUCCAAAUGCACACUUUUUGAGAUUAUUACAUCGUGAGAUCAUCUUUUUCACUUAAAACCGAGUAUAGUAAUUUUACGGCUUUUUGUAGACUUUAUAUUUGUUGCCAAAAUUACUGAAGUUGAAAACUUAAUUGUAACCACAUAUAAAGAAGUUUCAUAUCCUAUC